CCAAUGAAUGGGGGAGCCGGAAGCAGGAAGUGAGUUUGCGAACCGCGCAGUGCUGCAGGGCCCAUGGCGGAUACCCAGUACAUCCUGCCCAAUGACAUCGGCGUAUCUAGCCUGGACUGCCGAGAGGCCUUCCACCUGUUGUCACCCACAGAGCGCCUCUAUGCCCACCACCUGUCCAGGGCUGCCUGGUACGGAGGCCUGGCUGUGCUGUUGCAGACCUCCCCUGAGGCCCCCUACAUCUACACUCUCCUCAGCCGCCUCUUCCGCACCCAGGACCCUGACCAACUGCGCCAACAUGCCCUGGCUGAAGGCCUUACCGAGGAGGAAUAUCAGGCGUUCCUGGUCUAUGCCGCGGGGGUCUACUCCAAUAUGGGCAACUACAAAUCCUUCGGCGACACCAAAUUUGUUCCCAACCUGCCCAAGGAGAAGCUGGAACGUGUGAUCCUGGGGAGUAAGGCCGCGCAGCAGCAUCCAAAAGAAGUCAGGGACCUCUGGCAGACUUGCGGGGAGCUUAUGUUCUCUCUAGAGCCGAGACUUCGGCACCUCGGGCUGGGGAAGGAGGGAAUCACCACCUAUUUCUCUGGGGAUUGUACCAUGGAGGAUGCCAAGCUGGCUCAAGACUUUCUGGAUUCCCAGAACCUCAGUGCCUACAACACACGGCUCUUCAAGGAUGUCGACCAGGAAGGGAAGCCCUGCUAUGAGGUGCGGCUGGCUUCCGUGCUCAGCACAGAUCCUGCUCUAGACUCCGAAUUGACUUCCAAGCUGAAGAGCUACGAAUUCCAGGGGAGCCACUUCCAGGUGACCCGGGGGGACUAUGCCCCCCUCCUCCAGAAGGUGGUGGAUCACCUGGAGAAAGCCAAGGCAUAUGCAGCCAACAGCCACCAGGAGCAGAUGCUGGCCCAGUACAUCGAAAGCUUCACCCAGGGGUCCAUUGAGGCCCACAAGAGGGGCUCCCGCUUCUGGAUCCAGGACAAAGGCCCCAUCGUGGAGAGUUACAUCGGGUUUAUUGAGAGCUACCGAGACCCCUUUGGUUCCCGAGGAGAGUUUGAAGGAUUUGUGGCCAUGGUGAACAAGGCCAUGAGUGCCAAGUUCGAGCGGCUGGUAGAGAGCGCGGAGCAGCUGCUGAAGGAGCUGCCCUGGCCCCCAGCCUUCGAGAAGGACAAGUUCCUCACCCCAGACUUCACCUCCCUUGAUGUCCUCACCUUCGCUGGCUCUGGCAUCCCUGCUGGCAUCAACAUCCCCAACUACGACGACCUGAGGCAGACCGAAGGCUUUAAGAACGUGUCCCUGGGGAAUGUACUGGCUGUGGCCUACGCCACACAACGGGAGAAGCUCACGUUCCUGGAGGAGGAGGACAAGGACCUGUACACCCGCUGGAAGGGGCCCUCCUUUGAUGUGCAGGUGGGGCUGCACGAACUGCUGGGCCAUGGCAGUGGCAAGCUCUUUGCCCAGGAUGAGAAGGGAGUGUUCAACUUUGACCAGGAGACAGUGAUCAAUCCAGAGACGGGGGAGCAGAUUCAGAGCUGGUACCGGAGUGGGGAGACCUGGGACAGCAAGUUCAGCACCAUUGCCUCGAGCUACGAAGAGUGCCGGGCUGAGAGCGUGGGCCUCUACCUCUGCCUCAACCCCCAAGUGCUGGAGAUCUUCGGCUUCAAGGGGGCUGAUGCGGAAGAUGUGAUCUACGUGAACUGGCUCAACAUGGUUCGGGCUGGGCUGCUGGCUCUGGAGUUCUACACCCCAGAGGCCUCCAACUGGCGCCAGGCUCACAUGCAGGCCCGAUUUGUGAUCCUGCGGGUCUUGCUGGAGGCGGGCGAGGGACUUGUGACCGUCACUCCCACUACCGGUUCUGAUGGCCGCCCAGAUGCCCGGGUCCGCCUAGACCGCAGCAAGAUCCGGUCUGUGGGCAGGCCUGCGCUGGAGCGGUUCCUGCGGAGACUGCAGGUGCUGAAGUCCACCGGGGAUGUGGCUGGAGGGAGGGCCCUGUAUGAGGGUUAUGCGGCGGUCACUGAUGCGCCCCCCGAGUGCUUCCUCUCUCUCAGGGACACGGUGCUGCUGCGCAAGGAGUCACGGAAGCUGAUUGUUCAGCCCAACACUCGCCUUGAAGGCUCAGAAGUGCAGCUUCUGGAGUACGAGGCCUCAGCUGCUGGCCUCAUCAGAUCCUUCACAGAGCGCUUCCCAGAGGAUGGACCUGAGUUGGAGGAGGUCCUCACCCGGCUGGCCACAGCUGAUGCUCGGUUCUGGAAGAGCCCCAGUGAGGCCCAGUCUGGCCAGGCUUGAGAAGAUUUGUGUGGCCCUGCCCCCCACUCCAUCAAACCAGGACUACCAGUGGCCCUCCAAUGUGUGUGUACCCCUAUAGGUCAGCGGAGGGGCAGGAGCUCAAACUUUGGUGCUACCUCAUCUGAGGGUGGUGAUGCUAACCCUUUCUGUUUGUCAGCACUUUCCAGUUUACCAAGUGCUUCUCCUCUGUGAUUUGAGCUGCACUGCCAUGUAUGGAGAGCAUACGCAGGGCUUCUUGUCCUGUUUCCCAGAUGAGGAACUGGUAGUUCAGUGACUGGUCUAGAUCUUGCAGGUGGCGUGUGACAAAAAGCCAGGGCUCAAAACCUUCUCGCCAAAUCCAAUGCUCUUCAUGUAUUACUUUUAUAACCAGAAAAAUAAAUAUUAGAAACAACCACCAUC